AUACGGCUCGUAAAGUGUAAAGUUAACUUCUUGUAUAAAUUGUGUUCUAUAAAUCAAUCGACAGAUACUUUACAGUGGUGUUUAUUUUUGCAUUUCAUGCAAAUUGUGAUAAAUAAUUUUAUAAUAAAUAAAAUUUCCUUUUACAUGAUAUUAAGCAAGUCCUGUUAGCGGGUGCGCGUAUGUAAAACAAAUGUCUUUUUUGCGACGAUUUUUUGGUAGUUCAUCUUCCAGCGCGUGGUUAAGAGCUCUUGUUAUUUGCUUUUGUUUAGCUUCAACUUUCCUAAUAUUUUCAAAGCCUGAUAAUAACAACUCCGCACAAAAUGAAGAGCAAAGUAUUACGACAAAACGGAUCAAUCAAGCUUUGCAAUUGCUGGAGGCCACCCGACAGAGAAAUGAGGAACUUAAACAAAUGAUUGAGAAUUUAAUGAGCGAAAAAAUAGACAAUAAUUCGGCUCAAAAAUUAAUACAAAAACUUGACUACAACAUGCGAAAUCCAAUUUCAAUGGGCGGUGUGAUGAGAUCGUAUGAUUCGGUUAUAUGCAAUGAGCCCAGUUUGGAAUAUGAAUUGAUGCGUCGUCGCAUUCAGAAUAACAUUGGGGAACUAUGGAAUUAUUUUAGCAGUGAAUUGGGUAAAAUACGUAAAAAAGUUGAGCGAGCUGUCCCUGAAUUGCAGCAUGAGAUUAACAGUAUUUUAAUUUUGGGAGCCGAACAUAAACGUUCCUUAUUAAGCGAUAUGGAACGUAUGCGCGAACUGGACGGUUAUGAAGAGUGGCGUCAUCAAGAGUCGAGAGAUUUAAGUGACUUGGUGCAGAGACGCUUGCACUAUUUACAAAAUCCUGCCGAUUGCUCGAAAGCCCGCAAGCUAGUCUGCAAAUUAAAUAAAGGCUGUGGUUACGGCUGUCAGUUACAUCAUGUAGUUUAUUGUUUUAUUGUAGCUUAUGCGACCGAGCGAACACUCAUAUUAAAAUCGCGUGGUUGGCGCUACCACAAAGGUGGUUGGGAAGAAGUAUUUCAUCCUGUUUCUGAUUCAUGUGUUGAUGCCGAGGGCGUGCAUGCCAACAGCUGGCCAGGUCGCGCAGACUCUCAAGUGCUUGUCUUGCCCAUUAUCGACUCGUUAGUACCGCGACCACCUUAUUUACCACUGUCUAUACCAGAGGAUUUGGCUUCACGUCUUAGACGCUUACAUGGUGAUCCGAUAGUCUGGUGGGUGGGACAAUUUCUGAAAUAUUUGCUACGUCCACAAAAGAGUAUCAAAAACUUCCUGGUAUCGGGGGCAACAAAAUUGGGCUGGAGUAAGCCGAUUGUUGGAAUACAUGUGCGACGCACUGAUAAAGUAGGCACAGAGGCUGCUUUUCACAGUAUCGAAGAAUAUAUGACGCACGUUGAAGACUACUUUUUAACAUUAGAGACUAAUGGUACAAUGAUACCUCGUCGCAUAUUUCUAGCUUCUGAUGAUGCUCGCGUAAUUGAUGAGGCACGAAAAAAGUAUCCACAAUACGAGGUAAUUGGCGACUCUGAGGUAGCAAGAUUGGCUGGUGUUUCAACCCGUUAUACGGAUAAUGCUCUAUACGGCAUUGUAUUGGAUAUACAUUUAUUGUCACUCUCCGAUUUUCUGGUGUGCACAUUUAGUUCGCAAGUAUGUCGGAUUGCCUACGAGAUAAUGCAAACUUUAUAUCCGGAUGCUGCGCAUCGUUUUAAAUCGCUGGAUGAUAUAUACUAUUACGGCGGUCAAAACUCACACAAUCGUCAGGCGGUUAUAGCACAUGAAGCACGGAAUCAUGAUGAAAUACAUAUGCGUAUUGAGGACAUGGUAGGCGUAGCUGGCAAUCAUUGGAAUGGAUUUUCAAAAGGCAAAAAUAUGCGUACCAAUCAAAUUGGUCUUUUCCCCUCGUUCAAAGUCAAUGAUAAAGUUGAGACAGUAAAAUUGCCCACAUACCCGAACGCAUAGAAUGAUAAUCCCAAAAUAAUAUUAGUAAAUUUUCACUUGUUUAAUAUGUUUUUUUUUUUUUUUUUUUUUUUUUUUUUUAUAUUUUCGUUCAGUUCAGUAGAAAAUAAGAGAAAAGGUUUUGAUAAAAUAAAUCGGAAAUCGGUGGCUGCACAAAGCCCCCAAACAGAGUAGGGAAGAGAGAAAAGAGGAACAUAUUGGGAUCCACACAAUUUGCAUAGUGCAAUAAGUUUAUAUAUAUAUACGUAAGUCUAUAUGCUAUGAAAGUAACUGUUAUAUUUUCAAUAAUUCUUAUACAAAAACAUUCGCACAAGUUUGACUUUCCAAAUUACAUGCGCACCCUCGCAUUUAGGAGAAAAGUUUUUAAAAACUAUUAUUGUAUUUUACCUCAAUUAUCUUUUACAUGCUUUUUAUUUUUUUUUAUUUUUUGUAUACAUUAUAUUUUAUUAAAAUUGGUUUAAUCGGCUCAUACAAAAUGAAAUUAAAUGAGAAAUUGAAAGAGAUUAUUUACACAUGUAUGUAUUUAAGUGCGUACGUGUGUAUCUAUCUACGUGUGUAUGUAUGUAUGGAUGGAUGGAUGGAUGUAUGUAUGUAUGUAUGUAUGUAUGUAUGUGUGUGUGUUUGCGUGCUUGCGUGUUUGUAUGCCUAUGUAUGCAAUAAACAACUAUUUGUUAUAAGCUACCACUCGCUCAUUCUAUUACUAAAAUAUCUAUUCAAACUGUAUCAGCGUAACCUUGAGUUUAAAGUUUAAGCCUAAGUUUAAAAAAAAA